GCGUAUUUUCCUGACCGACCGCGAGUGCGCUGCGAAAACAAGUCCCCGUACGGUUUGUGUUACUCUUGUUGUACUUAAGCAACCGUGUCAGAUACAAAGAAGUUGCGACAAACGUAGUAACAUUACAAACUGUAAAUAAACGCAGGCACCAUCGCGGGAUAACCAUUUUAUUUCUGUAUUUCUGCUCGUAAUCUGAUGAAACGAGUCGUUCAUAAACACACUGUAACGUUAGGGCUCCAAGUAAAGCAAUCUCGCUGCGGUCGCCCGCUAAGAUGUCGUGUAUGCUGGUAAGCGCCUCUGGGGGCCCAGUGGUCCCUCUGGAGGAUGGACGAGCUGUGAUUCUGGGCCGGGGUCCUGACACCGGGGUCGCCGACAAGAAGUGCUCCAGGUACCAGGUGAAGGUGGUGGCUUGCUAUGCAGACCAGGAUGUGGUUGUUACUCGGCUAGGUCCCAAUCCCAGUUUCCUGGACGGUGAGAAGCUGGGCCGUGGCCAGUCUGGUAAACUCACUCACGGAGGCACCCUCUAUCUGGUUAACCAGAACUAUCCAUUUAAACUGCACUACUCCCUGAGCUCAAACGGAUCAGCCUCCAGCGCUCCACCUAAAGGACUAAAAGCCACGGAUAAGACAAAGGGGGGAAGAAAUGGGAAAGAAACAGAGGCACGGUCGAGUCCAAAUCCCAAGCGCAGUAUCAUGGAUUUCUUUUCUACCUCUCCCAUGAAGUCAUCUAAAAGACGACUGAGCCCAGAGAGGGGGCACCGUGAUGAAAAGCGCCAAAAAAGAGAUGAAGAGGCUUCCGAUAGACAGAGAAAGGAAGAAGUGGAGGAGGAGGAUGAGGAAGAGAGACUGGCAGAGGAAAAGCUCAAGCAGCUGCAGGAGUUGGCAGAGAAGUCUAUGGCAGAGAGGAGCACCCAGCCUUCAUCGUCGUCACUUUCUUCAAAGGGCUGUCUAAAGAGCAGCUGGCAGCAGAUAGGCAACCUGCUGCUUUACACUGCUGCUGGUGUCAAAGGGAGUAACAAGAUUGCUGGGUUUGACAUAGAUGGCUGCAUCACCAAGUCUGGCAAAGUCUUUCCCACCGCUCCAGAUGACUGGAAGAUUCUGUACCCUGAGAUUCAGCCAAGACUGGCCAACUUGCUGAAAAAGGAUACAAAGGUGGUGUUCUUCACCAACCAUGGGAUCGCUAAAGGCAAACUGAGACCAGAAGUCUUCAAGUCUAAAGUUGAAGACAUCCUCACCAUGCUGCAGCUACCUGUGCAGGUGUUUGUUUCAACCGGUCCUGGUAUCUACAGGAAGCCAGUGAUGGGAAUGUGGAAUCACUUGUGUGAGAAGGCAAAUGAUGGUGUGACUGUUGACAAGACACAGAGUUUUUAUGUAGGAGAUGCUGCCGGUAGGCCAGAGAACUGGGCUCCAGGCAAGAAGAAGAAGGAUUUCUCCUGCAGUGACCGACUGUUUGCUCUGAACAUUGGGUUGCAGUUCCACACCCCAGAGGAGUUUUUCCUUGGUUGGAAGAGCGCCCCCUAUAGCCUGCCAAAUUUUGACCCUAGGAAGAUUGACUCCACUGCAAGGCUGUACGACCCGCCCUCUGCCUCUCUCAUCUCCAGCAAGACAGAAGUCAUUGUUGCCGUGGGUUUCCCUCCCUCCCUUUCUCCACAGGGUAAAUCCUCUUUCUUCCACACCCACAUCAUUCCAAAAGGCUACGUGUACAUCAACAGGGAUACACUUGGUUCAUGGCAGAAUUGCGUGUCUGCAUGUGCGUGCUUGAAAGAGGGCCGCAGCGUCGCUGUAGACAACACCAACCCAGACCCAGAGUCUCGUAAACGAUACGUGGACGUGGCCAAGGCUGCGGGAGUGCCGUGUCGCUGUUUCCACUUCUCAGCCUCUCUGGAGCAGGCCAAACACAACAACAGAUUCCGUGAGAUGGCUCCAUCAGACAGCAAACACGCUAAGGUCAAUGACAUGGUUUUCCACAGCUACA